UUUAGUGUCGUAAUUUCUUCUUUCGACACCGCGUCGUGGCUUACAACAUCUCUGACGCGCGCGCAUUCGAGUGCCGGAAAGAGCCGAGCUUCGGAACGGAUUGCGCGGCCUGUUCGCGAUGUUCGAAUUUUUAUCGGCUUCGUUCGUCAUCUCUGUGUUCCUUUGCCUGUGCUACGCCGCCAGUCGCUGGCUGAUCAGUGAGCGCAAGAAAUGUUUCGACGCCUUCGACGGAACUGGGAUUCCAGGACCACCGCUUCGCAGUCUCAUCAAUGGCAACGCAGAUGAGUUCUGGAAUCCGAGUCAGAUUGAAAGCCUUGGACGGUGGCUGAAGGAAUACGGUGAUGUUUUCGGCUUCUAUUUGGGCGACGUCCCCUUUGUGGUUGUGAAGGACCCGGUCAUGAUAAGCGAAGUAUUCGCCAGAGAAUUCAACAACUUCAGCGCCCGAGGGCCCCUGCUGCGCAUUCACGAGCUGGAGCCCACGCUGAAGGGCAACCUGGUGCUCGUCGGGGGCCGGGAUUGGAAGGAGACGAGAAAUUGCAUGCAGAAGUUCUUCACGCCAGCGAAACUAAAAGUGGUGAUGCCUGCCUUGCUGGACGCGCAGCGCGAGUUCCUCAACAUCUUGGGCGAGUGUGCCGACAGCACCGCCGAAGUGGACAUCGGCUCUCGCUGCGAGCGGCUCACCUUUGACGUCAUCAGCAAGACGGCGUUCAACCUGGACACACAAGUACAGCGACAUCCAGAGAACCCGCUCUUUCAGACGGCGUUGCUCUGCUUCCCUAAGAUCAUGACGGGCUUCAUGCAUAACUUGGGUGUGAACCUUUACCAUUGGCCAUGGGCUGUCAAGAUAUUCCAGAAGCUGCUGGGCUCUUUCUUCACCAAUCCACUCGUCGAAAUGACCAAGUAUGCGGCCGAGAUCAUAAAAUUUCGUCACCAAAACCCGCAGGUUGACGUGCCCGACAUGGCUCAACUCCUCCUGGAUGAUGUGCUCGAAAAGAGGAACUCGGCAACCAAGAAAAAUGAAGCGGCGGAAAAGAUUACUGUGCCGUUGUCCCAGGUGAAGUUGUACGAACUCGGCACCAACUGCGUGGACGUUUUUCUCGGUGGCUACGACACAACGAGGCUGGCGUUGACUUAUUGGUUUUAUCUGAUGGGCAAGCACCCAGAUAUCCAGGAGAGAAUGAGGAGUGAAGUACUGGAAGCUUUCAAGAAAGAGGAUGAUGAGCUCUCGAUUCAGACCCUCACGUCACUGCCGUACACGAAUCAAGUGCUGUUCGAGACGUUACGGAUGUAUCCACCCGUCCUCUCAUUCACAACACGUUGCGCGGGUGAAGAUUACCAGAGCGGCAAGUAUCUCAUCAAAAAAGGAACUUCUGUCAUGGUGCCUACAUACCACCUGCAUCAUGAUCCGCAGUUCUGGACAGACCCGGAAAAGUUUGACCCCGACAGGUUCAGCCCUGAGAACAAGCAUCUCAUCGAAUCCGGCCGUAUACCAGCCGUUUCGGCCUCGGAAUUCGCGUGUGCAUCGGCCAACGUCUCGCGCUCAUCGAAAUGGCCUCGGUGACUUCGCAGGUGUUGCGCCGAUUCCGGAUAACUCACGGCCCUAGUCAAAAGCCUGACUUGGAACUCAACACGUACGCCUUUGUGAUGGCACCAAAGGACAAAGUUUGGAUCCAUAUACACAAGUUAAACGGCGUCAAAUAAAUCUCUUUUGAAGCCUA